CGGAAACGGGUCAAUACAUCCAUGGCGCAAAUGUAAACUAGGAUUACGGUUCUGUGGGAAGUUGUAACUCGUCCUCGUAUCACCUCUGCGUGACACUCCGGUCUUCUCCGGGAACCGUCGCCACGUUAACACGCCAGGAACCGGCGUGGUGCACCGAAACCGGCCAGAAACGGGGGUGGUGAAGUCAUCAUGUUCAGACUCCUCAGUCGGCGUGGUAACCUGACGCGGAGCUGCCUGGCCGGCCAGCGGCGCCAUGAGCACGGCGUCAUGGCCAUCCGCCGCGAGGACAUCAACCCCUGGGAGAGGAGGGCGCCGCUGGCCCCCAAACACGUCAAAGAGCUGACCAACGCCGGCAUCAAGGUCCUCGUCCAGCCGUCCAACCGCAGAGCCAUCCACGAGAAGUACUACAUGAGGGCCGGGGCCGUCAUCCAGGAGGACCUCUCGGAGGCGUCUCUGAUACUCGGGGUGAAGAGGCCGCCGGAGGAGAAGAUCAUUCCCAGGAAGACGUACGCGUUUUUCUCCCACACCAUCAAGGCUCAGGAGGCCAACAUGGCGCUCCUGGAGGACCUGCUGAAGAAGGAGGUUCGUCUGAUCGACUACGAGAAGAUGGUCGAUGCUAACGGAUUCCGGAUCGUAGCGUUUGGUCAGUGGGCCGGUGUCGCAGGAAUGAUUAACAUAUUGCACGGAUUGGGUUUGCGCUUCCUGGCUCUUGGGCACCACACCCCCUUCAUGUACAUCGGCAUGGCUCAUAACUACAGGAACGUCAGCCAGGCCAUCCAGGCAGUGAGGGAUUGUGGGUAUGAGAUAUCCAUGGGCUUCAUGCCCAAAUCUAUCGGCCCUGUGACGUUUUGCUUCACCGGUACCGGCAACGUCUCCAAGGGAGCCCAAGACAUCCUUAACGAGCUGCCUGUCGAAUAUGUUGAACCUCAUGAGUUGAAGGCCGUCUCCGAAACAGGAGAUAUGAACAAAGUGUACGCCACCGUUCUGAGCCGACACCACCACCUGAUCAGGAAGAGCGACGGCAUGUACGACCCCAUGGAGUACGAGCACCACCCGGAACUCUACACCUCGCACUUCAGGACUAGCGUGGCCCCCUACACGACCUGUCUGAUCAAUGGUAUUUACUGGGACCGCCACACGCCCCGACUCCUCAGACGACUGGACGCCCAGAAGCUGAUGAGACCGCUCCAAACCUCCGCUGCAGAGACGGAAGGAUCACCAGCGCUGCCUCACAAACUGCUGGCCAUCUGCGACAUAUCUGCCGACACCGGAGGCUCCAUAGGCUUCAUGAACGAUUGCACCACCAUCGAUAAGCCUUUCUGUAUGUACGACGCGGACCAGCACAUCGACCACGACAGCUACUUCAACAAAGUUACCGUGGAGGGAAACGGGAUCCUCAUGUGCUCCAUCGACAACCUGCCGGCUCAGCUCCCCAUCGGAGCCACCGAGUACUUUGGAGACCGACUGUUCCCCUACAUCUGGGAGAUGCUGCCCUCGGACGCCACCAGACCGCUGGAGGAGGAGGACUUCAGCCCGCAAGUCAGAGACGCUGUCAUCACCUCAAACGGCGUCCUCACCCCAAAGUUUGAAUACAUUGAAAAACUUCGAGAAAAGAGAUUACGAGACAGGGAGAAGGCUCAGAUCAUGAAGAAGGCCGGGAUGAAGCGAGUCCUGCUGCUGGGUUCAGGGUACGUCUCGGGACCCGUCGUCGAGUAUUUGACUCGCGACGAGAAGACCCAGGUCACUGUUGCGUCGGUGAUGCUGAAGCAGGCGGAGGAGCUGGCAGCCAAAUACCCCAACACCAUUCCCGUUAUGCUGGACGCCGGCAGCCAGGAAGGACACCUGGACUCUCUGGUCAAAGACCACGACCUGGUCAUCAGCAUGCUGCCGUACUCUCUCCACCCGCUCAUCGCCAAACACUGCAUCAAGAGGAAGGUGAACAUGGUGACCGCCAGCUACCUGAGUCCCGCCAUGAGGGAGCUGCAGAGCAGUGCGGAGGAGGCGGGCAUCACCAUAGUGAAUGAGAUGGGACUGGACCCGGGCAUCGAUCACAUGUUGGCCAUGGAGUGUAUCGACAAGGCCAAAGCCGACGGCUGCACUGUGGAGUCGUACAGCUCGUUUUGCGGCGGCCUUCCUGCUCCCGAGUGUUCGGACAAUCCUCUUCGCUACAAGUUCAGCUGGAGUCCGUACGGCGUCCUCCUCAACACCAUCAGCCCCGCCAUCUUCCUCCGAGACAACCAGGUGGUGAGCAUCCCGGCUGGAGGUUCUCUGAUGGAGUCCAGCGUGCCGAUGGAUUUCCUUCCUGGUUUCAACCUGGAGGCGUUUCCAAACCGUGACAGCACAACGUAUGCCGAGCCAUACGGCAUCCAGACAGCACACACACUGAUCAGAGGAACGCUGCGCUUCAAGGGCUUCACAAAGGCCAUGGCUGGGUUUGUGAAACUGGGCCUGAUCAACAGCGAGCCCUGCCCCCUCCUGCAGCCUACUUCAGCUCCUGUUUCCUGGAAAGCGCUUCUCUGUAAGCAGAUGGGAUUGUCCUCUUCGGUUUCUCACGACGCCUUUGAGGACGCUGUCUACGAACGCAUCGGAAAGGACGACUUUGCGAUGGACACCCUGAGAUGGUUCGGGAUGCUGAGCGACGAGUCGGUGCUUCACGCCGACAGCGUGCUGGCUGCUCUGGCAAAACACCUGGAAGCCAAACUCUCCUUCGGUGAGGGCGAGCGAGACAUGAUCAUCCUGAGGAACGACGUUGGGCUGCGCCACCCGACCGGCGAGCUGGAGACCAAACACAUCAGCCUGGUGGUGUACGGCGACCCCAGCGGCUUCUCCGCCAUGGCCAAGACUGUAGGAUACCCAGCGGCCAUUGCUGCUCGCAUGGUCCUCGAUGGUGAAAUCAGUACGAAGGGAAUCGUGGUUCCGUUGACGAAGGAGGUCUACGAGCCGACGCUGGCCCGUCUGAAGGAGGAAGGACUUCACUUCGUAUCCAAGAGCACCGUGCUGGACUAGAGAGCAGACCAGUAGUCCCUGGAAA